AUGACGCAUCUCGUGGUCGACGCCGACGCCGCGCGCGCGGAGCGCCGCGCGUCGCUCCGGGCGAUCGCGAUCGCGAGCGCGGAGGCGAAGGCGCUCAGGGAGCGAUUAGACGCGCUCGAGGCGCGGCGGGCGGCGAGACGUAAGGCGAAGCGGGACGGGAGCGGUUCGGUCCCGACGACGACGACGACGACGACGACGACGACGACGACGAAGACCGUCGAUAUCGGCGUCGUGAGCGACGCGAGUGACGGUGCUAUCGACGUCGAACGCGUUCGCCGCGCGGCGUCGCGAUUCGCGAGCGUGAUCGACGCCGAAGCGUUCGCGCCGGUGACGCGAUGUUUCGCCGAGCGCGGCGUCGUCCCGCGCGUUCGCCUCGACGACCUCGAUCCGUGA